CCCGGCCCGGCGGCGCACAUGCGGCUGCAGCCCCCCCGACGGCCUCGCCCCGGUGCCAAAAGGAUGCUGGCCGCCUCCCCCGGUGCCAGGAAGGGCGCCGAGGCCGGGUACCCGCUCCACUCCCUGGUGUGGCACAACCAGCCCCGCGAGCUGGAGGCCGAGCUCAGCUCCGAGCAGGUGGGUGUCCCUGGGAGCUGGCGGGGCUGGGCUUGGUGGGGGGCGGGCGGGCGAGGGGAGGGGAGGCGGCCUGGGGUCCCACCCUAACAAUGGAGUGAGGGGCUGAUGCAAUAGGAGGCGUCCGGCGCGGCUCCGAGGAAGCGCGCUCGCCAUCCUUCGCGGGAAAGGGGCUUCCCCCGGUUUCUGCAAGAGAGAGAGGGGGGAUGGAUGGGGGGGGCAGGGAGGAGAAGGAGCCAUGAUUUGGGGGGUGGGAGGGAGGAGAGGCUGCAGGGAGGAUUGGGGAGCUGUCGUAGCCCCAGGGGGAAAAUCCUGUUGGGCACAGAAUGGGCAAAGUAGGUGGGGGAGUUUUAAGAUCCCCAAAAUAAAAAUAACAGUGUAUUUUAAUUGGGUGGGGGGAGUUGGGGACAAGUUCAUUGUCUGGCAGGGGGGCUCCUUGCCCACCCUCUGGUGCCACCCAUGUUUGGGUGCUCUUGAUGUAGCUCCCCCUCCUACAAACACACAAAUAUUGCGGUUCCUGCAGCACUGUUGAGAUAUUAGGGGUUUGGGCAUCAAAGGGCAAGGGCGUAGGGGGACUUGAGUGUUGUGGGGUUUCUACCGAACGGAGGACCCUUCUCCCCCCGCCUUCUCCCCCAGUCUUGGCACCAGGAGCUCUCUUUCCAGGGUUUGGCACUGGCGACUGUGGCUUGGCACAGGCAGAUCCGUCCGCCACCCUGAAACCCUCUGGCAGCAAACAGCCUUCAGGAUCCUCCCUAAGGUGAGGAAAGCCACGGGGCUGUCUUUAGCAUGCCUCAAAAAGAGAGAGAGAGACGUGGGCAUGACGCACAGUAAAAGAGGGCACCUGAGCACGUGCAGAGAGGCCUUCGUUUGAUGUUGCAGAAGCAUAAUAGGAACCAACUCUUUGGAGGCUAUGGGGCCUCAAGGUGGCCAAAGGAGUGGAGAGCCCUGACUUUCCUUCCUGCCCCCCCCAUGAGAAAGAACUUGAGAUCUAGCACCAUGCUGGGGCUUAGCUGAACUCCAUGCCCAUUUCCACCACACCUGCUACUCGCUCCUUCCUCUAGCACAACAAAAUCUGGGGGGCUGGAAGAAACAACGUCCCCGCUUAUGAUGUUUAUUCAAUGAUGAUGAUAAUUUUGCUAUUUAUACCCCUCCCAUUUGGCUGGGUUUCCUCAGCCACUCUUGUUUGGGGUUCAUAUAGUUACUUUAUGCACUACUCAAUUUAUUCUUUUGUUCUACAUUACUGGGGUCCCACUUCAGAAUUAAUCAUGUCCCAACGAGCUCCAAUUCUGCUGGGGUUGCCUCUGAUUUGCGGUCAUGGAGGUUGUCACAAACUCCUCCAUCCUUGGCUAACCUGUGGCCCUCCAGGUGUGUCUUGGACUACAGCUCCCAUCAUCCCUGACCGUUGGUUGUUCUGGAUGGGGCUGAUGGGAGCCAGAGUCUUAACAGGUUAGCCACUCCUUCUUUAGGACACUGUUCCCCAGCCUAGUGCCCUCCAAAAGCUGUACAGCAAAUGCCUGGCAUGCAGAGAUGCCCUGGACAGCAUCUCCAGGUGGGGCUGGGAGAGACCACUUGAAACCCUGGAGAGCUGCUGCCGGUCAGUGUAGGUGAUACCGAACUAGAUGGACUGUUGGUCUGAGUCACGACAAGGCAGCUUCUUGGACUGCCACUCUCACCAGCCCCAGCGAGUCUGGCCAGUGGUCCGGGAUGAUGUUGAAACUCACAAAAUCUUUCCAUUUUCUUACCGUUGUCCCUCACCUUUCUUGCAACACACCUGCCAGCCCAGGUACAGACCAGAGGCACACCGGCUUUGCUUCCCCUGUGCUCUGAAGAUGAACAGCUCUGCUGGGUUAGCAAAACAGGGACUCUAGUUUGCAGUGGGUAAGGCUAGCAGCACCUCUUGGCUCCAAACUGAACAGCUGUGUUCAAGGCUGUGUCCUCACAGUGCUGGAGAACAACAGCCUUCACCCAAGGCUUGCAAGACUCUCUUUGCUUCCAAAUGAUCCUGAAAAGAAGAUGCUGAACAAUAUUUUAUAAAAUUUAGCCUGCUUCAAGCUUUUGGUAGGGAGGCAGGGUGAUCAGUAAGUACAGUCGUAACUUGGAUCCAGAACGCCUUGGGAGUUGAAUGCUUUGGUUCCCAAAUGCCACAAACCCGGAAGUGAGUGUUCUGGUUUGCGAACGUUCUUUGGAAGUCGAACGCCUUCCGCAGCUUCCGAUUGCGUGCAGGAAGCUCCUGCAGCCAAUUGGAAGCCGCGCCUUGGUUGUCAAACAUUUUCGAAAGUCGAAUGGACUUCCGGAACGGAUUCCGUUCAACAACCAAGGUGUGACUAUCCAUUAGAGAGCGAUCAAGUUCCAAGCAAAGGAAACUUUCCAUCUGCUGGUACCUGUAAUAUCCAAAGGUGGAACCUCCACAAUCAGAGGAAGUAUACCUGUGAGAACCGGUUGCAAGGCUUCCUGGAGGUCCAGUGCUUUGCUCAGUGCAGGGUCUGAGACCCAGGGUGGAAGGAGGAGGGGGUCUGAGCUUCAAGGGCAAGGGGAGAGACCUCUUCCUCCAGAGGUGUUCUGUUGUGUCUGAAGGCCCCUGUCGUGGUUCCCCCCUCCCUCCCGCAAGCAUACUUUGCUGCAGAAAAGCUUGGAAGCAGUGAACUGGGGAAGAGCUCUGGGCUUCCGGAAGCCCACAACGAAGGACAGCAAAGGCAUCUGCUUAGCUGGCAACAGAAAACAGCUCAGCUUUUCCCAGCCUGGUGCUCUCAAGGUGUUUCGUACUACAACUGCCAUCAGCCCCAGCCAGCACAGCCGAGAGACGCUAAGGCAGAUGGGAGUUGUAGUCUGAAAGAUCUGGAGGGCACCAGGCAGGGGAAAGUUGCAACGGCUGGCUGCUGGACCCUUAGUGUCGAAGAAACCUCACCUUUGCCAUCCUUGUAUUAAGGGAUGUGUGUGCUGCGUUCAUCUCCAGUUAACCAGAUAAUAUCAAUGAUACAUCCAAGUGCUGCGGGAGAAAAUUACCUGUAAAUAAUGGGAAUCCCCUCCCCCAUUAACUUAUAUAGGAUUGCAGUCUUAUGGGACGUUGUGGGAUGGGGUCCAGGAAAUUGGAUGGCCAGCUGUCAGGGAUUCUUCAGCAUUGCUGGGGGUGGACUAGAUGACUCUGGGGGUCCCCUCCAACUAUAAUUCUGAAAGUUUCACAUUCUUGCUCCUGGAUCCAGCAACUCUGGCCAAGUGGGAAAGCGUGGAAGAAGAGGAAUGGAAUUGAAAGGGGCAUUUGACUCUGCUUCCAGGGGUGUUGCUUGCUCCUUAAAGGAACAGGCCCCACCCAGAAGUGGCUGGCACCCAUUGGGACUGGUAGGGCAGAAGACAGGGGAUCUGAACAGUAGGCGGAGGCGGAGCUAACGAUAGGUGGUGGCAACACAUUCUAGUUUUGACCCCAUCGUCUUCAUCCCUGCUAAGUUUUACAAGGGACAACACUGAGAUUGAGGAGGAAGCUGGCAGCCCCAGAGACUGGCAGGCAGCAAGAAUGCAGUUAGGUGUGGGGCUGGCUGAGGGAGGAGUGAGAUUGCGAGGGCUGUGCCCUUUUUGCCCUAGACAACCAGCCUCCACUGGACACACCACCUGGAAGGAAGCUUUCCGUACAAGUCCUACCUUCCUCCUUGCUGAGUUCUACAAGGCACAACACUGAAAUUGAGAAAGAAGCUGACUGCCCUAUUGACUGGCAGGCAGCAAAAAGGCUGUUAGGUGUGGGGCUGGCUGAGGACGGACUGAGGUUGUAGGGCAGUGCCCCAUUAUCCCUAGGCCACUAGCCUCCACUGGACACACUACCUGGCAGGAAGCUGUCCAUACAGGCCCUAUCCUCCUCCUUGCUGACUUCUACAAGGCGUGAUACUGAAAUUGAGGAAACUGACAGCUCUGGCAACUGGUAGGCAGCAAAAGGGCUGUUAGGUGGAGGCUGACUGGCAGCGGACUGAGGUUAGUGUUGGCAGACCUUCAGGUCUGACCUAAAGUUUCCAGGUUUGCUUGAUCCCCUCUACUGGUGGUGGUGGGCUUGAAUCUCCAAGUGGACAAGAGUGCAUAUGAUAACAACAACAACAACAACUUAUUAAGAAGACUGUGCAUGCAUCUUGCCAGCUUCAGCUCGGCAGCCUGCAAAUUCUAGAAUAGACAUUUUGUGAGGUCUGCCCAACCCCUCUCUCACUUAACCUCCGUUUCCAGGGCCACCUUCUUCUUUGGCGAUCCCUCGUAGCCGAGUAAGAUUGUCUUCCAUAAACACGGUUUUAACAAUGAGUCCGUAAGUGACUGUGGAGGCCAAUUCUGGAUCCACACGUCCUUCCGCAAUGGGGACAUAGGUUUCUGGGCGGGAGUUGAUCACGCUGUGGAUUUGCCAAGUGUGCCUUCCUCUUAGCACGUUUCUUCCUUUCGUCCUGAAUUCAAGCGUCUUCAAAGCCCAUGACACCUUUGGUAAAGGCUGUUUUCCAAUUGGAGUGCUCUCAGGCCAGUGUUUCCCAGUUGUCGGUGUUUAUACUACAUUUUUUAAAAAUUUGCCUUGAGAGAGUCUUUAAACCUCUUUUGUUGUCCACCAGCAUUACGCUUACCAUUUUUAAGUUCGGAAUAGAGUAGUUGCUUUGGAAGACGAUCAUCAGGCAUUCGCACAACAUGACCAGUCCAAGGAAGCUGAUGUUGAAGAAUCAUUGCUUCAACACUGGUGAUCUUUGCUUCUUCCAGUACACUGACAUUUGUUCGCCUGUCUUCCCAAGUGAUGUGUAAAAAUUUUCAGAGACACGUUGAUGGAAUCUUUUGAGGAGUUGAAGAUGGCGUUUAUAGGUGGUCCAUGUUUCACAAGAAUACAGUAAGGCUGAUAGUAAAAUAGCUUUGUAAAAAAGCAUUUUGGUUUCCCUGUGAAUAUCCCAGUGUGCUUCAGUUGGGAGAAAGCUGCAUUUGCAGAGCUCAGGCGAUGCUGGAUUUCAGCAUCGAUGUCGGCCCUUGUGGAAAGAUGACUGCCCAGGUAGGAGAAGUGAUCAGCACUUUCCAAGGUUACACUAUUGAGUUGGAUUUGUGGCGCUGCAGAGGGGUUAUUUCGUACUUGUUGGUGUAGCACUUUGGUUUUUUGGCUGUUGAGCAAUAGGCCAAGCAUUCUGUAAGCUGUGAAGAUAUUUAGGAUGGUUUGGAGGUCAUCCUCUGAGUGUGUACACACUACAUUGUCAUCAGCGUACUCUGUGAUGGAAGUUACAGUAACCUGGGGCAGUCCCUAGGUCUCAGGUGAGGGCCCCAAAAUCUCAGGGUCCGGGAUACUCCUGACUUGAUCACCCUGCUAAGGUCUGGUGGGGGCACUGCCCCUUUUGUGACAGAUGGAUGAGCCACCACUGCUGAAAUCUAGGGCCUGGUGCAUGAAUCUCAGACACCUAAGGGCACAGCUCAGGAGUUGUUUGCCAGACCUCCUCAAUUCCGGGUGAGAUGUGUUUGACACACCCGGAUUUCCCCCUUUUCCUUAACAAUGAGCAGCGGUGAGGCGUGGCUGGGGAUCUGCCGGCAAACAAACAAGAUCACGCUCUGAGCUUUGGGGUUUAUGAUAUUGACUCUCAGGGGUAGAUCUAGGGCAGGAGAGGAUGGGUGGAGCCGUACAAGGGCAUUUGGGUUCCUGUUUGGCUUCUGAGAGGUGUCAGGUGUCUUGUCUGUGCUGGGGGGGGGGCAGUCAGUGGUCUUAGUUUGGCUUCUCUCUCCCCCCCACCUCCAUCCCAUUGUGCCUUACCCUCCAAAUUUCAAAGUAACACGGGGCACACUGAGGCUGGUGGGAGUUUUAGUUUGGGUUGGCGCAAGUUGCUGAGAAAGCCGUCCCUUUGGUGGCCAGGAUGGGCAUCUGAAUAUUCAGUGCUGGCCAGUAAGAAUCUGAAAUACACCUUGAGGCUGCUAUUUACAACAGUUGUGUUUCACCCUUUCUAUAAGUGUGGUUCAUUCAUCCAGUCUCCUUCCAUCAGAGACCAGCUGGGGACCUUCUGGAAAACUCACUAGUGUGCCCAGGAGAAAUGGAAGCACUCCCCUGUUGUUUGUUCUUCUGUAUCUGGUACUCAGGUAGACUUGCUCUGGGUGUGGGGGCUCCACUUAGCCGUUGUAGCCAAGGAUAGAGAUCUGCACUUCCAUAAAUUUAUGUCACCCUUCCCCCCCCCCAUUUAAUCUAGCAGUUGACACAACUUCUUGCAAAGUCUUUUAAAGCGUGCUUUCCUGAAUAAAUUACCCCCCCCAAAAAUUCUGCUAUUAACUAACUGCCAAUUUUACUGGGUCCCCCCAAUGUUCUUGUAUGUGAGAUACAUGGAAGUGUACUGAUAUUAAUGAACGCCUUGGGUGAGGAAUGCACUCUGCACAGACUCAGAGACUUAGUGGAAACUAUGCUCUGUUUGCUGAACAACUUCUUCUUCCUCCUCUUCCUCUUUUUCCUAAUUACUUUUCACACCAGGAUUAUUUCUGAUUUGCCUGGCAAAUGGUUCCUAAGCCCCAGGUUCACUUUCCAGGUUUAUAAAAGCAGAACUUCUCAGAACACUUAUUGAUUCAUGCUUCCUCCUCCCUCCCCUUUUUGCUGUUCAUUAUUUUAAGGCCACUGUCUGUUAUCUGUAGCGGAUGAUUCCAAAUUUGCAUAAAUGCAAAUAAAGCUGAGAUCAGGUUGAUUAAUUUCCUUAUCUUAGAAAUGGAUUCACCGAAGAGCUGCCUGGGGGAACCAGAACUGUCUUAGGCCAAACAAACAUACCCCACCCUAUGAUGUUCUCCAUUAAAGUUAGCCAUCUAAGAUCCCACAUAUCUUAGCGUGGGAGGGGAAAAGUCUUUUCCAGAUCAAAGGGGCUAGUAACUUGGGAGGAGUAUUUGGGAGUUCUGGUUUGGCUUGCUCCUAAGACUUGAGACCAAGUGAUGUUCAGGGUCUAGGAAGGAUGGCUCUUUCCAUUGGUGGGACCCAACGCUGGACUUUGGGAAGCAGCCCUGCCAGAAGGCGAAAGCUUCUGAGCAUGUACAGAGUGCCCAACCCUCGCUACACUCUUUCUGCGAGGACAAAUCAAUCCAGGCGCACAAUUUCAUUUUGUCUAAGGAGCGAGGAGAGUUAAUUGAAACUCGAGAGGGAGAUUCUCUCUCAGUGCCACACUCUUUUAAUUACUUUAAUGAAAAAGGUUUGUAAUUAAAGGGAAACAACAGAUCUUCCAGCAGUGGCUGGUGGGAGUGGAAGAUGGCACCAGGGAUUAUUUCAGCUUCUGGGGCAGAAAGGAGGGAAGAGGUGUGUUGCAGGUGAGGCAAAGGAAGCCAAGGACUUGUGAAGUCACACCCUGGGGAGUGGAUAUUGGGGUGUGGGAGUCAGGGCUGAGCUCUGCUUUCGAGCCAGGAAAGACACCACCACCACCCCCGCUGUAUCGGGCUAUUGUGUACAAGUAGGGCUGCCAUACGUCCAGAUGUUCCUGGACAUAUUCGGAAUACUAUAGUCUGCAGCAGUGUCUGGGCAAAAAUCGGGAAAACGUCCAGGAAAAUCUGGACGUAUGGAAGCCCUUGUCAGCGGAGCCUUUUUUUGGCCGUUUCCCCAUUAAAAAAUAUCUCCAAAACAGGUUGUUUUUGUUUUUUCGUUUUUGCAAAAUAAAUAAAUAGCUCAACAACUUUUCUGUCCCAAUUUUCACUGUUUGAAAUAUGGCAACCCUAGUGUACAUAUUCUGGUUGCCUCGCCUCCCAAAGGAUACUGUACAGGUAAAGGUAAAGGGACCCCUGACCAUUAGGUCCAGUCGUGACCGACUCUGGGGUUGCGGUGCUCAUCUCGCUUUAUUGGCCGAGGGAGCCGGCGUACAGCUUCUGGGUCAUGUGGCCAGCAUGACUAAGCCGCUUCUGGCGAACCAGAGCAGCGCACGGAAACGCCAUUUACCUUCCCGCCGGAGCGGUACCUAUUUAUUUACUUGCACUUUGACGUGCUUUCGAACUGCUAGGUUGGCAGGAGCAGGGACCGAGCAACGGGAGCUCACCCUGUCACAAGGAUUUGAACCGCUGACCUUCUGACCGGCAAGCCCUAGGCUCUGUGGUUUAGACCACAGCACCACCCGCGUCCUAUAUACAGUGGUACUUUGGGUUAAGAACUUAAUUCGUUCCGGAGGACACAACUAAACGACUAAACAACAACAACAACAAUAAUAAUAUUGUUGUGGAGUCAGUCCCUUUGAGCAGAGUGAGGCUGACUUCUGAGUAAACAGGUACACGGUGGCCAAGUGACUCAGCUGAUGCAAACAUCACACAAUCCUCAGUCCACAGAUUUGUAUAGUUGCCUCCUGGUACCUGGAGAAAUGCAAAUAAAGCACAGCUCUUCCGGCCCCCCUCUGUGGCACGGCAGGGGGUGGGGAGGUGGAGAAAAGAAUCAUUUGUUUUCUGCAAAAUUUAUCCUCUGUCUUGCAUCACCUAGCAUCCUUCCCGGGGGCAGCUCUCAAAAGAGCGCAGAUCCGAUGCAGGCGGAAGGCAGCCGUCAAAACUAUGUCACGACACAGAACAAACGGGCCGGGAUGGAUGGCCCUUGGCAACUGUCUCUUGGAAAGCCUGCCCCCGAAACUUGGCAAACUGUUUUCCUUUACGCUGCAGCCUGGAAUGCUAGCAAGCUUCCAUUAUUUGCAAUUAACACACACAAGUCCCGGAGGAGAGAUUGUCGCCGCCUCUUUGCAGAUCCCCCCUCAAGGGAACCGUAUCCGACACCUGCCCUGGCAGGAUUCGAACCUGAGAGAGGCAGCUUGGCUCUCAGGAGCCUCGCACCAUUGGCUGUUGUCCAUCUACUACCAAGCCAGGCUCAAGGUCUUUGUAUUAAUUUACAAAUCCCUGAGCAACUUGGGUUCAAGGUACCUUGUGAACCUCAGUGAUAUCACUGAGAUCACGCGCAGGAACAUUGUAAGUCAUUCCCCAAGUUGGCAAGUUCUUUUGACAGCAUCAAGAAACCGAGCCUUUAGUGUCUUUGGCCUAGUCCUGUGGAACCCUCUGCCACUAGAGAUUCUGAAAGCUUGUAUUUCGCUAGGCUUAUGCAGGUAUUUAAGAGGACAUAUUUCCAUUAUCUCAGGUGUCUCAGACGUUGGAAAUUCUGCUGGUCCAAACAAGCUGGUUAGCAAAUGUAAAUAUACUGUUGGGUUACAUCCAAUAGAUGAUUUAUCUCUUAAAUAAAAUGUAUGUUAAAAUUUCAUCUUCAAAUGAUGAUCAUUCAAAAUUUCAGUUGGUCCAAAGUCAAUAUGCCUUCCAUCCGAUUUUUCCAUGUCACCAUCUUUCCCCCAAUUUUUAGUGUUGGGUUUCCCCACAAAGUCAGUUUUAGCAUGGGAAAAGGUGUCCAAUCUAUUUUUACUAGACAUUGCAUUCUACAACUUUCUAACUGGCAUAAUUGGUUCCAGAUAUUCAUGAGUUCUAACGUAUUUUGAUCCUAAUACUGUCCAUCAAAGGUGUUAUUAUAUAUGUGCAUUCCAAAGUUGCCCAGAUCAGAAAAUUAACACCAGUUGUUGGUUUCCAGUAUUUAAUACUUGGCAAUAAGUAAGCAUGAUGAUAUAGCUCUAUAUUUGGAAUACCAAGCCCUCCUUAAUUAAGUUGUAAUUGCAUUUUCUGUAAAUAUAUUAUCUGAGUUUAGGAACCCCAUAGAAAUUUUCUAUACAAAGAAAAUUGCCAAAGGAUAUGGUUUAAUGACUCUCAUCUAUCAAUAUCUGAAGAAACCUCACUAUAUAUUUUAUUUAUAUUGCAUUUUACUAACAGAGUUAUAUCUUUCGGUAUUGUUGUUUAGUCGUUUAGUCGUGUCCGACUCUUUGUGACCCCCUGGACCAGAGCACGCCAGGCACUCCUGUCUUCCACUACCUCCUGCAGUUUGGUCAAACUCAUGCUGGUCUCUUCGAGAACACUGUCCAACCAUCUCGUCCUCUGUCGUCCCCUUCUCCUUGUGCCCUCCAUCUUUCCCAGCAUCAGGGUCUUUUCCAGGGAGUCUUCUCUUCUCAUGAGGUGCCCAAAGUAUUGGUGCCUCAGCUUCACGAUCUGUCCUUCCAGUGAGCACUCAGGGCUGAUUUCCUUCAGAAUGGAGAGGUUUGAUCUUCUUGCAGUCCAUGGGACUCUCAAGAGUCUCCUCCAGCACCAGAAUUCAAAAGCAUCAAUUCUUCAGCCAUCAGCCUUCUUGAUGGUCCAGCUCUCACUUCCAUACAUCACUACCGGGAAAACCAGAGCUUGAAUUAUACGGACCUUUGUCAGCAAGGUGAUGACCUUUUGGUAUAGACAUACCUAAAUGGAUUCUGAACAAAUGCAGAACUGAUACUCUUUAAAUGGAUGGGUGAACAAAUUUUCACCAGAUUGGCAUCAAUUAGCUAUCCUUCCACCCCGGACCAGUUACGUAAUAGAAUAUCCUGAUAUUUUAGUAAAGGCAUCUGUCAUUUGCAUCAACGUGGGAAUAGUAAUAUGAGGAAUAAACAGAAGAAUAUCAUCUGUAAAAAAAAGCAGUUUCUAUCCAACUGAAUUAUGUAGAUCUCCCUCUGUUUUCUCAUAGCACAAACCAAGGUUUCCAUGCAGAUAUUGAAAAGCAAGCGUGGAAGUGGACAUUUUUGCCUAGUUCCUCUAAAUUGUGCAGGAGUGGCCGACAACAUGCUUGUGUAAUAUUCAGUGCGUCUGUCUAGAAAGGUGUUAUUUUUUGCAAGCUGUUGAUUCCAUGGGGCACCGAGGCAGAGAUGAACCGAGAAAAAGCAAAGGGUCCUCUCUGCCCCAAGGAUGCUGACCUCAUCCUUCCUUUCUCCCAGCAGGUGGAUAUCGAACAGCUGGACCCCCGAGGGCGCACCCCCUUGCACCUAGCCACCACCCUGGGGCACCUAGAGUGCGCCCGAGUCCUCCUGCGCCAUGGGGCGGACGUGGGCAAGGAGAACCGCAGCGGCUGGACAGGUAAGUCUCACCUCUUCCGCCUGGGAGUUGAAAUCAGCGUUUUAGGGGCAGGGGCAGGCUGCCAGUUUGUUUGGGACAGCCUGAUCUGCACUGGCUGGCAGCAGUAGGCCAGGGGAAGGGCCAGGAAAAGGGUGGGCCUGAUUCGGCCAGAAUGAAGUACCACUCCCUUGGUUGCAGUGCUCGUCUUUCCCAUUGAUACAGUCCUCUAGUUUGGCUGAAUCACGGCACAAACCACAGUUGUGCAUAUGCUUACUCAGAAGUAAGCCCCACAGUGUCCAAAGGAGCCUCCUUGAUAUCUUGCUAUUUAUCUAUUUAUUGCCUCAUCAUCUUUAUUAUCAUUUCAAUAUAUCACCCUUUAUCUAAUUAUCCCAAGGCGAUGUACAACGUUAAGAACAUAAUUACGCAGCACAACAAUAAAAGCAUAACAUAGAGCAUGAUAAUAAAAUAAUCACAAUAGCAGUCCUUCCUACAUUUGACAGGCCAUAAGAUUAUUUAAUGGCCAUAGGCCUGGGUCAAGAAAUAUGUAAUGAUGGCGCCAGGCGAGGCUCUCUGGGGAGAGCAUCCCACAAUUGGGGAGCCACCACAGAAAAGGCCAGGUCUCAUGUUCCCACCCUCUGAGCCUCUCUGGGCCUCAGAUGCCAAGCGCCCAGUCUGUUUGUAAGGGGAGAGGUGGUCCUGGACAUGUUGAGGUCCUGAGCCAAGUAAGGCUUUAUAGGUCAGCACCAGCACUUUGAACUGGGCCUGGAAACUAAUCAGCAGCCAGUGCGGUCGGUCCAGGAUUGGCGUUAGGUGCUCAAACCAUCUUGUUUUCAUGAGCAAUCUGGCCUUUGAAUUUUGUACCGGCUGAAGUUUCCCACCUUCUCUUAAGAAACACAAGGUGGUUUACGUGGUUCUUCCCCCACAACAUCCCUGUGAGGUAGGUUAGAGGAUGAGAGGCAGUGAGCUUCGUGGCUGAGUGUGGGAUUUGAACUCUGGUCUCUCCCAAGUCCUAGUCCGACAUUCUAACCACUAGGCCAUGCUGGCUCCAUGGUAAGUGCGCUUUGGACUAGAGACUUAGACUGAAAUCCCACGCACCAGAGGGCUUGAUAUGUGUGUGUGUGUGUAAACGUGGCCCUCACAGACUCUCUGUCUGGCCCUUGGGACUCUCCCCAGACCACGCCUCUCACUGGCUCUCCUUUACACCUUCCGUGAGUGCUUUUGCCCACCUGAAAAUGGCUCCCUGAACUCUGUCCAUGCCUCUUGCCUUGCCUGGAUGGAGGACAGAGAGGAGUGUGCAGGUGUAGAAGCCAGGCUCCUGUAUAAAGGUAAAAUUUGCAUGUGUUGCCCCGCCCACUCUUGGAUCCUCUGGCCCUGCCCACUGUGGUCGUGUGGCCCCCAAAAAGCUGUCCAGAAGUGAAUGAGGCCCUUGGGCAGACAAUAGUUCCCCACCCCUGGUAUAGGCAGUUAGCUGGAAGUAAGUCCCAUAGAAUGCAGCAGGGCUUACCUCCGAGUAAAUUUGCCUGGGACGGCGCCACUGCCUUCCUCUACCAGUGCCCAUUUACUGCCCUAAUUAAAAUGCCUUUGCCUUUUAGACGGGUGAAAGCUUUAAUCUCUUUACCGCCCUACGGCAAUAAAUAUUUGAUUUGUCGCUUUUACAAAUUUAUUACAUGGCUUUGUUUUCUUUCAACCUCUCGCGAUUCUGUGGUUUUCUUGAUGUGGGUGGGAGUGUUCCUUAACUGCUUUGAAAAAUUAUUUAGGGAAUUUGCCAUAUGAAACACUGAAACCGCCGAGGUGUUCUGGGGUAAAUGGUGCAUAUUCUUCCAGAGAUUUUGCCUCCUAUAAUCACUUCCAGCUUGGCUUCCAGGAUGCCGAGCCAAUUAUGAAAUUAACGCACUUGGAUGGAGUUGCGCUUCUCUGUGAAACGGCAAGCCUUGAAACAAGCAGGCAGAGCCAGAUUUCUUCAAACCAGCUUUUACUCUCGUUGGACGGCCCGGUUCAACCACAGCUGAUGUGCGACCUGUUUUUAAUUCUCAGUUUCUCUAUUUUAAACAAUGGGUUUGUUGGUUUCACUUCUGACCAGUUUCACUUUUCAGUUUUUUGCUUUGCGGUUUAUUUAUUUAUUUACUGUUUCCUCCAAGGAAUUUUGUUGUUGUUCUUUAGUCAUUUAGUCGUGUCCGACUCUUCGUGGCCCCCUGGACCAGAGCAGGCCAGGCCCUCCUGUCUUCCACUGCCUCCCGUAGUUUGGUCAAACUCAUGCUGGUAGCUUCGAGAACACUGUCCCACCAUCUCGUCCUCUGUCAUCCCCUUCUCCUUGUGCCCGCCAUCUUUCCCAACAUCAGGGUCUUUUCCAGGGAGUCUUCUCUUCUCAUGAGGAGGCCAAAGUAUUGGAGCCUCAGCUUCAGGUUCUGUCCUUCCAGUGAGCACUCAGGGCUGAUUUCCUUCAGAAUGGAGAGGUUUGAUCUUCUUGCAGUCCAUGGGACUCUCAAGAGUCUCCUCCAGCACCAUAAUUCAAAAGCAUCCAUUCUUCGGAGAUCAGGCUUCUUUAUGGUCCAGCUCUCCCUUCCAUACAUCACUACUGAGAAAACCAUAGCUUUAACUAUAUGGACCUUUGUUGGCAAGGUGAUGUCUCUGUUUUUUAAGAUGCUGUCUAGGUUUGUCAUUGAAGGAAUUCUUUUAAAAAAUAAUAAUAAUAUUUUUAUUAAAUUUCCAAAAAAGACACAUAAAAUUGCAAUGCAUUUUAAAAAGAUAUUUCUUUUCUAUUUUUUGAUUUCCCAGCCCAUUUCCCAUGGUGUUUUACUUAUCUCUCCUUUGCUGCACCUUAUCUUAACUCUUUUUAAUAUCAUAAUCAUCACAAUAGCCUCCAAGGAGUUCAAGGUGGGCCCUGCACUGGUCUCCCCCUCCUCAUUUAAUCCUCACAACAACCGUGUGAGGUAGACCAGGCUGAGGGGCAAUGAAGCCCCUAAGGUCACAGGCAGUGAGUUUCAUGGCUGAAUGGGGGGAUUUGAACCCGGGUCUGAGUCUGACACUCUGAUGGCAGGAUGGCUCUUUUUCUGGCGGGGGAUGGGGGUGGUAGGUGAAUAAAUUUAAGGACAGCAAAGAAAUUCCUUUCAUCGGGAAUUCCCACAUUCCCACAUCAGUGGGCGGGGCCUGGGGCAAAAGUGGGCAGGGCAACAAAGGUAAAUGCUACCUUUACUGUACAGGGAAAGUUGGAGUUUUCUGCAUAGACCCGCCCUCACCUCUUCAUCCAGGAAGGAUAAUGGAGGAAUGGUCCAUCAUUCAAGGACCUGUUCCAGGCAAGCAAAAAGCAAUCAAGUAGGGGUGGAGUUUGCAAGGGAAAAGUUUGCAAGUUUGCAAGAGAAAGUUUGCAAGGGCCAGACAGACGGGGGGAGGGCCACAUUGGAUCCCAGACCUCAGCCCCCCUGCAAAGGUGAACGGAUUUAUUAUGAUGUCAGCUGUCAGGCGCCUCGGAAGAUGUGUGAAGUGUUAUCUUCAGUUUGCAGGGAUAACUUCUUUAUAUAUAUUGGUCAGACCCCAUCUGUGUCCAGUUCUGGGCACCUCAGUUUAAGAAGGAUAUCGACAAGGUGGAAGGUGGGCAGAGGAGGGCAAACCAGGUGAUCAAGGGUCUGGAAACUAAGCCUUAUGAAGAACGGUUGAAGGAGCUGGGAAGAGAAGAAACUGAAAGGAGAUAGGGUGGCCAUCUUUAAAUAGAAGAGGAGAAAAGCUUGUUUUAUGGAGGAAAGGACCCGAACCCAUGGUUUCAAGUUGCAAGAAAUGAGAUUCCAACUAAACCAUGGGAAGAACUUUAUGCCAAUGCCCCUCCCCCCCAGCCCCUGACUCUCCUUUGCUCUUCCUCCACAGUCUUGCAGGAGGCGGUGAGCACCCGGGACCUGGAGCUCGUCCAGCUGGUGCUGCGUUACCGUGACUACCAGCGGGCCAUCAAGCGCCUGGCCGGCAUCCCCCUCCUGCUUGAGAGGCUGUGCAAGGUGAGCAGGGGGGCUUCCUUGAACUCGUCGCCAUCGUCAUCCCUAAGGGAGAAGAAAAGUACUCUCCUGGUUGUCUCUGCUGCCGGUGGUUUUCUAGAUUGUAACCCCCUCAGGGCAGGGACCUAUAGCCUUUUGUUGGAAAUAAAUGCAUCCCGUCCACUGCCUGUUUCUCCUCUCUUCCUCUGUUGGACUACAACUCCCAUCAGUGCCAGCCAGAGUGGUCCAGAGUGAUGGGAGCUGGAGUCCAACACAGGUGUGAAUGUUCCCAUCUGUUAAUUCCUGGGGGCUUGAGCUGUUGUUAAAGGCAGAGGAGUCAGGGGUGGUAAAAAAGUUGGCAACCCUGGUUAUACUGUACAUUUAAAUGAAUGAAUCACACAGAGAGAGAGAGUCGAGAGUUUUUCAAGCCUCAUACCUAGGAGACCGGGCUACAGCUGAGCCAAGAGUGAAUCCAGGCAUCCGGCGUCCCUUUGACCUCUGUAGCCCUUGACCUUUGACCUCUUCUCUCCUUACACCAGGCUCAAGAUUUCUACGUGGAGAUGAAAUGGGAAUUUACGAGCUGGGGUAUGUUUGCAUGCAGAAUAAUAAUAAAAAGUAACUGUAGGAUUAAUAAUAAUAAAUGUAACAACAUUAAUAAUAACUACUUUGGGUUCAUUUGGGUAUGAGGUUGUGGGCUUCCCCUCCCAUCACUGAACGCAACAUGCCCUCACCCCCAUCCUGCCUUUUCCCCCAUUAAAAGUGAUAUCAAGACUUCAACAUAAGCUGGGGUUUAUCUUCCACCCUCAGCACCUUCUGUGCAUCCUUGGGAUAAUUCAAGAACACCUCUGAACAUGCACAGAGUCCUUUCCCCCCACUUUGGGGUUUCAAAGCCAGGCUUUUAGGGGGAGCUCUGAGCCAUGGAUGGGGACCUGCUUUGCCCCAGCGGGCGAGAUCUUUAUUUAUAUAGACCAUUGUUCCGUUAAAAAUCAGCAAAAAUACAUAAAGCCAUGCAGCCAAAACCAAACAGAAAAGUUAAAACCAAGCAGGGUAAAUUGGGAGAUGAUGUAGAAGCACCGACACCUAAUGCCGCCUCUCUUCCCCUCCCCUCGGCAGUCCCCCUGGUCUCCAAAAUCUGCCCCAGCGACACCUACAAGGUCUGGAAGUGUGGGCAAAACCUCCGGGUGGACACGACGCUCCUGGGCUUCGACCACAUGACGUGGCAGCGCGGCAGCCGCAGUUUCAUCUUCCGAGGACAAGGUUGUUGGGAGCUCGGCUGAGCCGCUUCGCGUCCCGGGGCCCCGUAGGGAAGGGAACUUGAGGAAGGAGGGAGAGUCGGGGCCACACUUUCCCGUUGCGGAAAGUCAGUGCUUUUGGGGGGACUGCGGCAGUGCAUGGUGGUGAAACGGGGCACAAUUAUAUUGUGAUGAGUUAUAUAAAGUCUGUAUUGAUUGUAUAGUUGCUCUGGAUUCCUAACCUGCUCUAAGGGCCUUGAGGCAGCAGACACCUGCUUGUCGUCUCCACAACAACCCUGUGAGGUAGGCUAGGCUGAAGGGUGAAGAAAAGCUUGUUCCUGAAGUUGUACUGGUGCAUCUAGCAGCUUUGCAGCUGCAAUUGCUACAAUUUGUGUGGGGGUUUUUAUUGUUUGAUACUGAGGGGUAUACACAUUAUCAAAGAAAUAAAUAAUUUGGGGGUUGGGUUGCACCCCAUGGUGGCUGUUGCCCUUUGGGCAUGGAUGGGGCAGAAGGCAGGGAGCCCGACAGCAGGUGGCGCCAGAGCCAACUUACUCCUGUUUUGUCCCCAUCUUCCUCCUCCUUCUUCUGUGUUCUCACUGGGACUGAAGGAAGCUGGCAGCCCCAGAGACCGGCAGGCAGCAAGAAGGCAGCUGGUUGUGGGGUGGCUGAGAUCAGACCGAGGAUGGUGGGGCAGUGCCGUAUUUUCCCUAAGGGACUGCACACUCCACUGGUUUCCCCUUUGGCCAAGCCAGAUUGUCAGGAUACAUCCCUCUCAGGAGGGCACCGGUCAUUUCUCUCUCUUCCUCUGCUCCGCAGACAGCAGCGCCGUCGUGAUGGAGAUUGACCACGACCGGCAAGUGGUCUACACUGAAACACUGGCGCUGGCCACCCACGACCGGGAGGGACUCCUGGCCAUGGUGCAGCCCACGGAGGAGCAGGUGAUGGGCCGCCUCCUGGCCCCCGUGGUCGCCACACAGUUGGACACGCGCAACAUUGCCUUUGAGAGGUGAGCCAGGAUCGCAUCCUCUGGAGCAGCGGGGAGGGAAACCUCUGCCCCGCGGGCCAAAUGUAGCCCAAGCCAUGCCCUCUUUCCCAGGCCAUGCCCUCUCCUGAGCCACACCCCUUUCCUGGCCCCUCGUCACCCCUCCUUCACCCUCUCCUUGAGUGUUUUCGCCUGAUCGUUCCUCUUUUCCUGGGCUGGAAGGAGCAGAGAGAGGCGUGUGUCAGUGUCAAGGUGGGUGCCGGGAGCAGGUCAGCCACAACUCACAAGUUGUCAGUGAAGUUGACUCUUUAGUCAAAGAAACAAAACAGCGCAGGCCUAGUGGUCACAGCAACUCUUCCCAGCAGAACUUGCCCCAAGGAGGCAGUUGCGCAGCCCCACCUUCCCACAGCUCCCUAAAUCUCCUCUUCCCCCAGGUCUUUUUCAAGUGGUCUGAGGCUCCUUCAUCUUGCCUGUCUUUGCUACGCCCUCUUCAUACCUCUACUGGUUCUGGGCGGUCAGGGGGAGACGAGCUGGCCUACCUCAUCUCUGCCUCUUGACCCCACUCCUCUACAGCCUCCACUUACGCCUCUGAUUCUGGAUUUCUCUUGGCCCCAGCCUCUUCCUGCUCACUAAGUCCUUACCUCUUUAGCUUCCGACGCCGCCUCCUCCCAGUCUUCUCCCUUGUCUGCCUCUGACCAGUCAUUGUUGUCCCACCACCGCUCCCCUGGCCCUGAGCCUUCUCCCCUUGGGGGUUCCCCAACUGCUGCCUCUCAGCACUGCUCUGCGUCCAGGCAGUCCAUGACAGAGAGAGUAGAAGCUCUCCUACUACUCUCCUACUACUCUAUGAUGCUCUCCACCCCCAUCGUUCUGCCCGGACACUGAGGUCCAGCUCCGAGGGCCUUCUGGCGGUUCCCUCCCUGCCAGAAGCCAAGUUACAGGGAACCAGGCAGAGGGCCUUCUCGGUGGUGGCACCUGCCCUGUGGAACACCCUCCCAUCUGAUGCCAAAGAGAUAAACAACUACUUGACAUUUAGAAGACAUCUGAAGGCAAGGAAGGUUAACAACAGGAAGAUUUAAAGGAACUAUUCGAAAGACUAUUCACGGCAGCAGAGAUAUGAGAUGAUCAGAGUCCCCCCGAACUUGAAGCAUGGGGAGUCCCAACAAAAAAAUUUAGGCAGAAUAUUUGGACUAUUUGAUAUGUAUUUGUAUAAUUUGGAACAUUCAAUGUGAUUUGAUUGGAUUGUUAACAUGGGAAACUUAAUAAAAAUCAUAUAUAUAUAUAUAUAUAUAUAUAUAUAUAUAUAUAUAUAUAUAUGAAGACAUCUGAAGGCAGCCCUGUUCAGGGAAGUUUUUAAUGUGUGACAUUUUAAUGUAUUUUUAAUCUUUUUUGGAAACUGCCCAGAGUGGCUGGGGAGACCCAGCCAGAUGGGCGGGGUACAAAUAAUAAAUUAUUAUUAUUAUUAUUACUAGACAAAGGGAGAACUUUCAAGCAUUGCUCUGCCUCUUUUGCCUCUUUUGCCUCUGGCCCCUGAGAGGCUGCCCAGGAGAACAUGCGGCCCUCGUUUUGAAAAUGCUGGGUUGGGUUGAGUUGUGAGAGUCCCCCUUGUAGGUGUCUCCAACCAACGUCUCCUCCAGCUGAUUGCUUCCACGGUGGAUGCCUGUUCUUCUGCGCCUGGAAGAGGAGCUGCUACACAAAACAAAUGAAAUACCGUGAAAAUCCCUGAAACAAGAAGUAAUCGACUAGAAAUAUUAUCUUAUAGAAAUGAACUAAAUAAUAAAAAUUUAAAAAAAGGAAAAUUUAGAAAAACCUAGAAUUGUACAAAGCCUUAACGGGAUGCCGGCUACAAAUCUCGUUUUGUACAAUUCUAGGUUUUUCUAAAUUAAACUUUUUGAAACUUCUCAUUUCAGGGAUUUUCACGGUAUUUCAUUUGUUUUGUGUAAUUUCUCGGUUCCGUGACUGUCUUUUUUCUCCUGGAAGAGGAGCAGCUGCUAUUGGCAUCCAAACCGCACCCAAGACUGGGCUCCACCUGGCCUCUCCCCAUCUUCCUCUUUGAACUGGACCCACGGAGUUGAGUGAUGAUUUAUUCUGUGGCUGGGAGAGAGAGCUAAGCUCCACCUCUGCUGUUGUUCCACCUCUCCCUUCCAGGAACAAGACGGGUAUUUUGGGCUGGAGGAGCGAGAAGACGGAGGUGGUGAACGGGUACGAGGCCAAGGUGAGGACCGGUCCGGGCGAGUAUCUUCUCAGGAGAAGGGUCUUUGGGUAGAGAGAGUAAGCAAAGGACCGUACAGUCGGAGCGAUGGAAGCAGAGAGCUUUAUUGAAGAAGACGAGGAGCUUGAAACUGCUGCAGGGAAUGUUGGGAGCCAAGGGAAGUUGUGCUUUCCCAGAGCCACCGGCAGCAACCUUUGGCAUUUUCCCUGUCUCCCUCUUCAGGUUUACGGGGCUUCCAAUGUAGAGCUCAUCACUCGGACGCGGACUGAGCAUCUCUCGGAGCAGCACAAAGGAAAAACCAAAGGUAAGCCUUUUGACCUCUCCUUGCGGGGGUCUUCCAGGGUGUACAAGGCGGGCAGAAUCCUGACACCCAAGAGCCACACUGCCUCUGUCUAGAGCCUAAGCUGAGGGUGAUCCAGUGGAUUUGCGGUGGAUGAACCACCCAUGUUUUAACCGAUUGCCAGUCCAGUUAAAAGUCAAGGGCUGUAGCUCAGUGGCAAGUCCCAGGUUGAGUCUCCAAAAGCAUCUUCAGGUAGGACAAAACCCCUCGCUGGGAAACCUGGUGAGCCGCUGCUGCCAGUCAGUGCAGGGAACACUGGGCUUGAUGAGACCAACUCAGCCCAAGGCAGUUUCCUAUGUGUUUCCUCAGCUCUACCGCUGAGCUGCGGCCCGUUCUCAAAGUCUCAGAGAUGGGAUGAGGGCUGAUGACCGAGAUCACUGAGAAAGCCACAGAUUCCCAGCCCGGGAGAAUGCUCUACUGGUGUGUCUGUCUUUCACAGGCGGGAAAACCCCUCUCCAGUCCUUCCUGGGCAUUGCCGAACAACACGUGGGCCCCAACAAUGGGGUGAGUAAUAAGUGGGGGCCACAGGUAUGGGGGACACUGCACCCCAGAGGCCAUUUGAAGGCUCCUUUUGUUGUACAGUGGUACCUUGGUUUAAGAACAGCUUAGUUUAUGAACAACUUGGAUUAAGAACGCUGCAAACCCGGAAGUAGGUGUUUUGGUUUGUGAACUUUGCCUUGGAAGCAGAACAUGUUCGGCUUCCUGUUGAGUGUGUUCCAUUUGUAAAUUGAGUCCCCCGCUGCUGUGGGAAAGCACGCCUUGGUUUAAGAAAGCUUUGGUUUAAGAAUGGACUUCCGGAACGGAUUAAGUUCGUAAACCAAGGUACCACUGUAAUAAUGUUUUGAAGCACAGCUGGAGAGCUUCAGACCAAGGGCCAGAUGUGGAUCUCCAGGCUUCUUUGUUUGGCCCACGGGACUCUCCCCAGGCCAUGCCCCUACACAGGCCACGCCCACUCCUGAGCCAUGCCCCCUACCCAGGCCACGCCCCUCACUGCCCCUUGCUUUGCCCCAUCCUGGAAAGGUGUCCUUGAGCUUUGCUAACAGCUCCGGGAUAGAGGACAGAGAGGGUGUGUGUUUGUGAAGAAACCAGCCUAGUGCAUGAAGUUAUAAUUUGCAUUUCUCGUCCCACCCCCUUUUGCCUCCAGCUCCACCAACCUCUGGCAUGUGGCCCCCAGAAGCUUGUCUGAAAGGCAGUGUGGCCCUAAGGCUGAAAAAGGCCCCUGUCUGUUUUUUCAGGUUUUAUUGCUGAUGAUGGUUCCAUUCAUACAUUCAUUCCCCACACCUCCUCAUUUAAUCCCCAGAACAGCCCUGCGAGGUAGACUAGGCUGAGAGGGAUUGACUGGCCUGAAGUCACCCAGUGAGAGCUUCAUGGCCAAGUGGGAAGAUUCGAACCCUGGUCUCCCCAGGGUCCCAGUCCGACACUCUAACCACGAUGCCUUCACUGGCUCGCUGUGCCCCUCGUAAGGUGGGAUAGAAAGGAUCUCAAACAGAAACCAAGGCUUGGCGAAGCGACAAACCCCUUCUUAGGAUACCCUCCCUCCAGCCUUGCCUUGGUUUCCCAAACACCGUCCCUCCCACCCCCUAAAGUGUCUGGAGUGCCGACAUCCACCCAAAGUCCUCCACUUCAAGGAGGAUAUUGAUAAGGUGGAACAUGUGCAGAGGACGGCGACCUAAAUGAUGAAGGGUCUGGAAACCAAGCCUGAUGAGGAACGGUUGAAGGAGUUGGGUAUGUUUAGCCUGGAGAAGGAGCCUGAGAGGAGAUAGGAGAGCCAUCUUCAAAUAUCUCAAGGACUGUCACUUGGAAGAUGGAGCAAGCUUGUUUUCUCCUGCUAUGGAGGGUAGGACUCGAAGCAAUGGAUUCAAGUUACAGGAAAGGAAAUUCCAACAUUAGGGAGAACUUUCUGAUGGUAGAAGUCGUUCAGCAGCAGAACGGACUCUCCUCCAUCAGGGGUUUUAAGCAGAGCUCGGCUGUCCAUCCACCUGGGAUUGUUUAGCCGUGCUUCCUGAAUUGGAGGGGCUUGGACCCAAUGACCCCAGGGGUCCCUUUCCAACUCUCCGAUUCUGUGUAUUCGCAGAGUGUUGCGAAAGAACGAUUUCUAUCAACAUUUGAUGAUCUCCUUCUACCAGUCCACAAUAGAAAGUGUCCUUUCAUACUGCAUCACGGUGUGGGAUGCUGGUUUGACAUCAGCUGAUAGGAAGUGCCUACGGAGGGUGGUAGGGACGCGGGUGGCGCUGUGGGUUAAACCACAGAGCCUAGGACUUGCCGAUCAGAAGGUCAGCGGUUCAAAUCCCUGCGACGGGGUGAGCUCCCGUUGCUCGGUCCCUGCUCCUGCCCACCUAGCAGUUUAAAAGCACAUCAAGGUGCAAGUAGAUAAAUAGGUACCACUCCAGUGGGAAGGUAAACGGCAUUUCCGUGUGCAGCUCUGGUUCGCCAGAAGCGGCUUAGUCCUGCUGGCCACAUGACCUGGAAGCUGUACGCCGGCUCCCUCGGCCAGUAAAGCGAGAUGAGCGCUGCAACCCCAGAGUCGGUCACGACUGGACCUAAUGGUCAGGGGUCCCUUUACCUUUACCUUUACAGAGGGUGGUGAAUACAGCACAAGAUAUUAUGGGCUGUCCCGUGAAUCCGCUGGAUGAAAUAGCGGAAGAACGUUGCCUUAGGAGAGUGAGGAAAAUUCUCAGGGAUGAUUCACACCCUGGGCGGCACUUUCUUGAUCUCCUGCCCUCGGGCAGAAGAUAUAGAAGCAGGAUUAGUCGCACCAACAGGGUAAAGAACAGCUUCUGUCCAUGGGCUGUUAGGCUGCUGAAUGAAAAGAUAACAACAGGGCAACUGACUUUCGGGUUUGGUGCGUCAGAAAACGAGGGGAAUUAAGACUAAAAGAGCUGACAAAAAUGGUUGAAUACGUGGAAUUAGCAAAACUAACCCACAGAAUCCGUAACUAAGAGGAAACAAAGUUCAGAAGUGAAUGGAGUAAAUAUACGGAAUAAUUGUAGAAGUUUAAAGACUGUAGUAGGAUUUUAAAAAAAAACUUAUGACAUGAAUAGGAUGAUGUUAAGAAUAUGUGAAAAAAGGAAAGAUUAAUAUGAAAACCUUUGAAGGGAGGGAGGGAAGUCUGUGCUCGAUAGAGCGUUGAGAAAAUAAGUGUACAUAAGACUGUAGAACAUUAGUGUAUUCGUUUUGUUUUGUUUGUGUUAAAGAAAACUUAAUAAAAAGCAUUUUAAAAAAAGAAAGACUAAGAGAUCUGAGUGUGGGGUGCUUGUGUAAUCUCACUGUAUACAAGUGACAAUAAAGUAUUUCAAUUCCAAUUCCAUUCUCUCUCCCCGCAGGCUCUCAUCACGCAAACUUUGAGCCAUGCCAACCCCACAGCCAUCACGCCAGAGGAAUACUUCAACCCCACUUUCGAGCUGGGCAGCCGAGAUAUGGGGCGCCCCAUUGAACUCACCACCAAGACGCAGAAGUGAGGCUGGCUGGCUGGCUGGCUGGGUGGCAGGGAGGGAGGGAGGGAGGGAGGGAGGGAUAGAGAUCCUCCUUUGAGUGGGCUGGAGGUAAAGGACAGCCCAGGGCUCACAGUCUCUCUCUCUCCCCCCCCCCCCGGGCUUCUCUGUCUCCCUCCGUCAGGUUCAAGGCAAAGUUGUGGCUCUGCGAAGACCACCCUCUCUCGCUGGCUGAGCAGGUGGCCCCCAUCAUUGACCUGAUGGCCGUCAGCAACGCCCUCUUUGCCAAGCUGCGGGACUUCAUCACUCUGCGCCUGCCCCCGGGCUUCCCUGUGAAAAUCGGUGAGGAGACCCCCACCCCACCCCCCGGGCAGAGCUGGGCUGGUUGGUCCUUGACCUUCACGCUUGGGCAUUGCAGUGGGUUGAGCUACGUGACCCUCGAGGUCCCUUGCAGCUCCACGACUUUACGAAAUGCUCCUUUCACUCUGGGCAAGAGAGCCCAGAAAUCAUGGAGUUGGAAGGGGUCCGAGGGUCAUCUAGCCCAACCCCCCUGCAGUGCAGGAAUCAUGGCUAAUUCUGGGCAGCCAGGGCCGUAGACGACACUGGGUGUGUUCACAUUUGUGGCCUGAAAUGCAGAGAGGUCAUCCCCUCUGUCCUCGGCUGCAUUUUGAGCUGCAUUUACGCAGAUGUUUUCUCAACAAUAUAGGGAUUGGAGAUGCCACACCCAACAUGCAGGGCUUUUCUUACUCUUUUUCCCCUGUAACACGCCCCCCCCCCUAAAAUUCCUAUUCACAAACCUGUCAUCUGCCCCAUUGGAGGUGCACUCCAUUGUCUUCAGAGACAGAUGGAUGCCAACCCAGACAGGACCUUAAGGUCCACAAAUAACAACACUUUGGAGGUCCCGAGCCUCAAGGAGGUUAGAUUGGUUUCAACUAGGGCCAGGGCCUUUUCAGCACUGGCCCCAACGUGGUGGAACGCUCUGUCACAAGGGGCUAGGGUCCUGCAGGACUUGACAUCUUUCUGCAGGGCUUGCAAGACAGAGCUGUUCCGCCUGGCCUUUGGUUUGGACUCGGUCUGACCCUUAUUUUUCCCUCCCCUUAUGGUCUUGAUUUAUCAGCUGCUUUAAAAUGAGGCUGCAUUUUAAAUUGCAUUUUAACCUGUAUUUUAAAUUGGGUUUUCCCCCUUUUCUCCCCCCCUUCCCCCCCCAUUAUAUUUUUACUGUGAUUUUGUUGGUUCUGGCCGGGAGGGCGUGGUAUAAAUAAAAAUAAUUAUUAUUGUUAUCAUGUCUAUUCAUUUCAGUGGCUCUACUCUGAGUAGGACUAACAUUCCAUAAAAUACCUAAUCUCUCUCGUUCUCUCCCCACCUGGCUAGAAAUCCCCAUUUUCCACAUCCUCAAUGCCCGCAUCACCUUUGGAAACCUCAAUGGCUGCGAUGAAGCUGUGGUCUCGAUCCGAGGGGCCGGCAGCCCUGGCAGUGACGCUCCAUCGCCAGGCAGUGAUCGCUCCAGCAUAAGCAGUUCCAGCUCUCUUGGUAUGUUGGGGGGCAGUGGAAGAACAUAAGGGGAACCUGCUGGAUCAGGCCCAUGUCCUAUCUGGUUCAGCCUCCUCUUCCCACGGUCGCCAAGCAGAUGCCCCAAAGCGAAACCCACAAGCAGGACUUGAACACAAGACCCCUCUCCCCUCCUGCGGUUUCCAGCAACUGGGAUAUAGAAACAUCACUGCCUCUGUUUGUGUAGGCAGAGCGGAGCCAUUGUGGGUGGCAGCCAUCAACAGCCCUUCCUUACUCCACAAAUUUGUCCAGUCCUCUUAUAAACCCAUCUUGGUUGUUGGUUGUCACUGCCUCCUGUGGCAGUGAGUUCCAUAGAUGAGCUAUGUGCUGUUUGAAGAAACAGCUGGGAGCCUUUGGUGGGGGGGUCCCCUCAGCUGUAUGAGGUAUGAGGGAAAUGGAUGUAAAAGGGGGGGGGCUUUUAAAGGGAAUGGAGGGGGCAUGAAGCAAGAUACAAAAUGUCCAAUGCACUCAGAAGGAAUUAUAACACCACUUAGGGGCCAUGUGCCCAAAAUUGCCUCGGAAGUUUCAGAAACAAAAUUAUAAUAAUCAGUGCAAUUUAGAAACAAGUGGUUAAAACCUCCUUCUCCUUCUCCUUCUACUUCAGCCUUCAGCAGCAAUCACUCGUAGCCGAGUAAGAUUGUCUUCCAUAAACACGGUUUUAACAAUGAGCCUGUAAAUGGCUGUGGAGGCCAAUUCCUGAUCCACACGUCCGUCCACAGUGGGGACAUAGGUUUCUGGGCGGGAGUUGAUCUCGGUGAGGGUUUGCCAAGCGUGCCUUCCUCCUAGCACGUUUCUCCCUUGCGUCCUGAGUUCGAGUGUCUUCAAAGCCCAUGACACCUUUGGUAAAGGCUGUUCUCCACUGCAGUUUCGAAAGAUGCAGCCCCUCUUGAUUCAAGAUGGCGUCUGACCAUCUCCAAAUACAGGCAGGCAUCUGCUCCUUGGUCUAGGAAGCUCUCCUGCAAAGCCUGAUUCCAGCAAACAGGAAAACCACCUUCCAAAAUACAGAGCAGAGCCAUAGCAGAGGAAACCAGAGGAAACUUCAGGGCAGAAGUCCAAGGCCCCAUUCGGCAGAGCAAGGGGGAGGGCACAGGUACAUUUUCCAGGGGUGGGGAGUAAGCAGAGGAAGGCGUGAUGAAACGAGACCUCUUUGGCAGGGGGGCUGUGCUAUGGCUUUGAUCCUCUCCACCCCCCCAGGUUCCUGCCGGUGCUAUGAGAUGGACCCGUCUCUGUUCGAGGCCCCACGAGGCUACAGCGUCAUUGGGACCCAUCCGGAGCCCCUGCGGGGAGAAGACGACGAUGACCUCCUCCAAUUCGCCAUCCAGCAGAGUUUGCUAGAAGCUGGGAGCGAGUAUGACCAGGUGGGCCUCUCCAUCCCUCCCCUGUUCCCCGAGACCAGAGCUGUAGGGCAGUGGUUCUGGGCUCUCACUCUCUUCCCUCUUUUCUUCCGGUGCGUCUGUUUCUGUCUGCAAUGUCCCUUCAUGCCUGAACCCUAAACUGUGGUUGAACUUACAGUUUAAAGGGAACGAGCCAGCUUCAGAAACUGUGGUUUUGGCAAACCACAGUUGAACAGAGUACGCUUAAGACUAGCUGUUGCGUUCUGAAGGCAAAGGAAGGACUGGACCCUGAUUAAUACAACAGACACGAGGCUUGACCAGCAAGACCCUGGGAGAAAGUGCUCUUGCCACUCUCUGGCCCAGGUCAUUUUAUUCACAAAAGAACUUUAACACAGUGUUUGUAAGAACCAAUCAGAUUUCCUCUGAGCAUUUCAAGAAAUUCCCACGUGGGGACAAAGUCAGAUCAGAGGAAGCCUCUUAACUACAAAGAACUAUUUCCUAUUUGAGUAUGCAUACAUGUUGAGGCUAAAUAAACAGGAACCAAGGAGGAAUGCAUGUAGCAAACCCCGGAGGUCAUAAAAGGAAAGACAGGCAUUUUACCACCUCCAUGUGAAUUCUGUUCCUGGCCCUAAGAUCCUGGCCCUAAAAUUAACAAAAGCUACAUCACAGCUACCUCUUUAUAUUUCUGUGUAGAAUGCUUUAUACGUGACUGUCAGGCAUAGGGAAAAUGGGGCAGAGAUGCAGAGGCUUGUGGGAUUGAUCAGAAACCGUGUCAAUGACUUCAUUUUUCAUAAUUCCUCAUAGCAAUCCCACAUGACCACCACAACUAACCAUGGAUUGUUCAGAUUGGGACGUAACACUAAACUGUGGUCAGCUGAAAAUGGAAGGAGAACCUUCCUUUUUUCCCCUCGUAUGCAGAAUGCUAAACUACAGUACAAAAGCAGGCAGAAAAGUGAGGGUCCGAGCUUUCAGGUGCAUCGAGGAGCAAAUGUCUUCUGCCCCCCCACCUCAUCCCCUCUCGUCCCCUGCAGGUUACCAUUUGGGAGGCCCUGACGAACAGCAAGCCAGGCACCCACCCCAUGUCCCAAGAUGGGCGCAAAGUCGACAGGUGAGCGCAGGAUGCUUCUGACAACAUCCCUUCUCCAUUUCUGGGGUCUCCACACCAGGGGCAGGCAAACUUCACCCUGGUCAGAUCUGCUUUGGGUUUCUUUAACAGAACCCCCAAACCCUCCAGCCAGAACCAAUUGCAAAAGAUACAUUGGGGAAAACAUUUAAGAACAGAGUGCCUCUGAGCUCAGGGAUUUGUUUUCAACACUGAGCUGAUGCAAAAGUCCAUUCCUGGUUAGCAAAAGAUUUGUUUUUGAUUCAGAGGCCUAAUUGGACCAUAGAGAGGCACCUUUUGGGUGUUCCCACUGUCGUUUGUCUCCCGGUUGUUGACUCCCAGUUGUUUGUCAACAUCCACAAAGAGCCUUGUUUUACUUUAAAGGCUUGACACAUUUUAUUACGGCCCCAAGCUUUUGUGGACCACUUCAUUCGUAAAAGAAGAACAUCUUUUAUUAUGGUAUAAGGGUUAAGAACAUCAGAGGAUGGAACUGGCAAAAUUGUAGAGGGGAGGAGAAGCAUUAUCUUUUCUAAGUGGUUACUGGUUUCGUAUUGUAAUAUGUUGAAAGAGGGAACAAGGUGAAGGGUUGUAUUUUUCAACGUUGUCUUGGCGGUAGAUGUUCUUGUCCAUGGCUGGUUGGUGGGUGGGUGGGAUCCAGCAUUCAGUGUAGUAAACGCAGUAGAACUGUCCGUUCUCACAUCAGAAGAGCUUGUUGGGAGAACAGGAUGCGAGGGGCCUUUUCAGAACCACAGAAUCAUAGAAUUUGUAGAAUCGGAAGGGACCACGAGGGUCAUCUAGUCUUUGCAAUGCGGGAAUAUUUUGGCUUGACCUGAUCCAGCAGGCGCUGCUCUUUAACGUUAGCUAUAGAAUUCAGCUUUAGGAGAAGCUCGUUUUUGUUUUCAAGAGACAAGUUCCUAGCCCUCAUGAUUCUGUGGGAACAGGAUGCUGCACUCGAGGGGCCCUCUUUGGCCUGUUCCAAACAGGACUUUUCCGGCAUCCUCACAAAGUGAAAUAAAUCAAAAUCUGUGUAUGUUAUACCUUGGUUCCUGAAUGGCUUGGCUCCUGAACAAAUCGGCUCCUGAACAUCACAAACCUGCAAGUACCAGUAAGUGUUCUGGUUUGUGGACGUUUUUUGGAAGUCGAAUGUCCGUUUUGGCUGUCAGCAAUGUUUCUGGGGCCAAUCAGUCAAUCAGACGUUGGUUUGCGGACGUUUUGGAAGUCAAAUGGACUUCCAGAAUGGAUGGAGUUUGGGAGCCAAGGUACCACUGUAAUUCCAUUCCGGCAGCAGAAUAAGUCUCCCCUUGACUGAUAUCAUUUAACUGAAUUGCAGACUUAAGCAGCCUCUCUUUCCUUUGCUCCUCCAGGACGCCCCAGCACACGCCCCCGCCCCGCCCCACAACCCCACAGCAGCCCCCCGCGGCGCCCACGGCGGGCAGGGGGCCCAGCCACCCGCUGCCCAGUUACGCAGAGCAACUCCGCCUGGCCAUGGAGCUGUCCGCAAAGGAGCAAGAGGAGGCCGAGCGGCGCUCGCGGCAGGAAGAGGAGGAGUUCGAGCGGAUCCUGCGCCUCUCACUCACCGAACAGUAGCAGAACAACCCCCCCACACCCAAUGAUCCGGGGAGGGGGGGCGCUGCGCGAUGGUGGGGAGGCAGCAGCACCCAUGCACAAUCCCCUGGCCUGCCUCCAGGUGGCGCCAGAGCUCCGCAGACUCUGAGGACCCCCCCUUUCUAUUCUCAGCCAUGCCAAGUGACUUAUCAGCAAGG